AAAGUGGCUGGCGUUGCGAACUUUUUUGCAUCAAAGCUGUGCCUGGAUAACUCCCAGUUUUUGUUUUUUUUUUUUUUCUUUUCCACUUAACAGUCCCUCUUCAGUUUAAGGAACUCACCACUUGACUAGAAUUAAGGUUGGAAUUUCCCAAACUCCUUUGCUGUGGGGACAGGACCCUGAAGUGUCUGGAUGCUUAAGGAAGAUUCUCCAAAGGCUGCUUUUGGAAUAAAAAAGCAUGGAUCCCAGCAGUGACUACCAUUUCCUCAACCAGAUUUUGUGGAGAAGGGUGAAGCUCACGCUGGUGUCUGGCAUCUUUGAGGGCGUGCUCCAGCAUGUGGAUCCUAACAAGAUUGUUGUCCUGAAAAACGUGAAGAACCUAGAGUCAGGCCGGAGUGUCUCAGGAGUGAAAAUGUUUUUCGGGCAUGAGAUUUUGAAUGUGGAACUAAUGGAUGAAGCAGAAGGUGCAUCAGGAGAAAAGGCCAACUCUGUUAGCAUAAAUACAGAACGAGCUGGAAUGGAGAAAGUGAAGAAUGAAGACAUAAAUGUCUGUGAGCCUAUUUCACCUGCACCUGAGGUGCCAACCAGUUCUCUCCUCAGUGACCUCAAGUACUGCCCGUCAGAGGAAGAGGAGGUGACAUACACAGUCAUUGAUCAAUUCCAGCAGAAGUUUGGUGCUGCAAUGCUCCACAUCAAGAAGCAGAGUGUCCUGAGUGUCGCUGCCGAAGGGGCUAAUGUAUGUCGCCAUGGGAAACUCUGUUGGCUUCAGGUGGCCACAAACAGCCGAGUGUACUUGUUUGAUAUUUUCCUUUUGGGAAGUCGUGCUUUCAACAAUGGGCUUCAGAUGAUCUUAGAAGACAAGAGAAUCUUAAAGGUUAUCCACGAUUGUCGCUGGCUCUCUGAUUGCCUGUCUCAUCAGUAUGGAAUCAUGCUGAACAAUGUCUUUGAUACGCAGGUAGCCGAUGUCCUUCAGUUUUCUAUGGAAACAGGUGGCUUUCUUCCAAACUGUAUCAGUACUUUGCAGGAGAGUUUAAUCAGACACCUUAAAGUUGCUCCCAAAUACCUUUUCUUUUUAGAAGAGAGACAGAAACGUAUUCAGGAAAAUCCAGAAAUAUGGUUGACAAGACCUCUUCCACCCUCUUUAUUGAAAAUCUUGGCCCUGGAAACUACCUACCUGCUUCCACUUCGAUUGGUGCUCCUGGAUGAGGUGAUGUCAGACUUAACCACACUGGUGGAUGGGUACCUGAACACGUACCGAGAGGGUUCUGCAGACCGCCUUGCAGGCACAGAGCCUGCGUGUAUGGAGCUGCCGGCAGAGCUGCUUCAACUCCAGGACUUCCAGAAACAGCGCAGAGAGCGAGCUGCGAAGGAAUACAGCGUGAACGCGCAGGGUCUCCUCAUCCGGACCCUGCUGCGCCCAAAGGAGCCAGUGGCUUGCGCAGCAGGGGAAGGGGAGCCAGUCCAGGGCUUCCUAUUUUGUAAGACAUCUGGUGCAGACCAAGUUCCUCGCUUUCUAUGUCACAAAUCUCAUAAGGAUGAGAAUCUUUUGGAUAAAGAAUCUAAACAAACCACAGCAGAGCCUCAAAUUGUGCCUCCUAGGAAGGAAGGCGAAGCCCAUGAAGACUCUGAGGACAAACCAGAGUGUUGGGUGUCAACUGGGCGGGAAGGCCCGAGAGCGCAGAACGCCCAUGGCCUGCCGCUCACACACGCACCACACUCACAUUUUUCUUUGAAAGAGGAGAUAGAACAGUUGCUGGUGUUGGAAAAUAAGGGCGCUUUAACAAGCCCAAGUGAAGACACUUUGGUGUCACCUUCUCUUCCGCAGGAAACCUGGGAGGCACCAAGUGACACCUUCCAACUUCCCGAAAAAGCUGUGGUCUCUACACUUCCACCCUGUCCGGCCCUGGAGAAGACAGAUUCAUGGAUAAGUCCAUCUUUAAAUCUGUUUUAGGUUUUAAAGUUUGUCGAUGAGGCCAACAGAGUCCCUGUGAGUGUCUCAUGGGGUAGGUUGGUUAGGUCUCAGCCACAGGCUUCUGGGACAAUGGAGGCCUUAGGCUUAGUGCAGAAUCCUGCCGUCUGGAUUACACGAAAGAGCCUCACCCUACCACUGAGGCCAGACUUGCCCUUCCCUCAGUGUAUGAGGAAAUAGCCCAGGUGCUGAUGGCGUGUUCUAGUCUUUAGGUUUAGAGGAUUUGAAGAAGAAAAGCUGGGCUCAGUGUCUGGCAGGAUCUGGUUUAGGAAUGUUGUAGGGCAGCUCUCGGGGUGGCGGAGGGCUGGGGCAACUCAGUCUGUAACAUCACCAGAAAACAAAAGGAGUAUGAUUAUUUGUUUGGGUUUGUUUUGUUUUGCCUUUAGAUUGACGUAGAUCUAAAAACCGCUUACUUACUUACAUACAUACAUACAUACAUACAUACAUACAUACAUACAUACAUACAUAGAAAUGUAUCCCGUCGACGUCACAAGUAUUGCUCUUCCUUAAGACCUUCCUUGAUCUGUACACUUUUGUGUAUCGGAUCAGGCAGAGAACAGGUUGAUGUUACUGUAGGGGCAUUCGCUCAACGCUGUAUUUCAUUAAUCCUAAGAGAGCAGGGUGCUAGCUUCUUUGUUGUUAUUUCCUUCUAGUAAAUGUAAAGUUUGAGUUCAUUGUACUUGCCUAGAGGUUUUACACUUUCUUAGAAUAAAAAAAACAACCAGCCUGAAAUGACAGCCUUUCGCGUCAAGAGUGCUCACAAGUCAAUA